AACUUGAAACCGCGAUACAUUCGAGGCAGAAAAUCUGGGGCACCUUGAAGCUUCCUUCCUCCAAUUCUUAAGUCACCCCUGCGCUGAACUUCCCGACAUCAAUGAACAUUAAUGCAAUAUUGAGUUGCUACAGUAUCUCUGUCUGAUUUUGAACUUCUGACAUUGCGGCAUGUGCAUGAUGUUGCGGCUUAAGUGAUUCACUACUCUCCGUAUGUCCUGCAGCUCUCACGUAUGCGUAUGACCUCCUUCCAAGUUUCCGCAGGAAUAUCUCAUGGACAGAAAUUCAUAAUCUGUGUCACACACUUAUCUUCAUCCUUUGUCUUUCCCACUAGACACAUCUCAAGCUCAAGCUUGACACCACAAUUUGUGUCGCUCGCGAAGUGAAUGUCCGAUACUACCCCGCAAUACCACACACCGAUACUUGGAAUGACCUCUCGACCUCGUGUCCCACAACCCGUUGAAUACGGUGACCCAACGUCGAACAAUUUCUGGGUCGAGUAUCCCCACGGGCUCGUUGACCUCUCUCGUUCUACGCAUCUCAAAGACCUCAAGAUUUCUGCGGAGAAGCAGCUCGACAUCGACACCACCAAAGAGCCUGGCGCUCAAAACAUCCUACUCGCAGGUUCCAAUACCAUUACACCGACUCUACUUCCCGGUCAACUUGAUGUUCAAGUGACUGGCGAGAAGACUGUUCGUUUGGACACAGAGAAGACUGCAGUAGUAAUUAUUGAUAUGCAGAAUUUCUUUCUGCACAAAGAUAUCCGGGAUCAUCCCAAGGGCUUGGCUUGUGUAGAUCCGUUGAUGAGGGUCGUACCGUUUUUCAGGGAGAAGAACAUCAAGAUUCUUUGGGUCAACUGGGGUUUGACCGCCGCUGAGCUCAGUACCAUUCCCCCGUCGCUCGUUCGAGGAUUCGCGAAACAUGGUUCUCCUCGAGGGGGAGGAUUCGGAUCGGAGCUUCCGGGAGACUUCGGAAAACUACUGAUGAGGGGUGAGAGGAAUUCCGAAUUGUAUGGUCCGUUGCAAGGACUGUAUGAGAAUGGGAGGGACAAGGGAACAGAUUUUUGGAUCCAUAAAAACCGGAUAAGCGGCCUAUGGGACCAAACGCUACUCGAAAACUUCCUCAAAGAGAAUGGGCUGAAAACACUAUUUUUCGCCGGGGUAAAUGCAGACCAGUGUGUCUUGGGAACUCUUAUUGAUGCGUAUUUCAGAGGAUACGAUUGCAUACUACUCGAAGACGCCACUGCUACCACCUCCCCGGAUGGUGCGUUCGAGGCUGUUAUAUAUAAUGCUGCGAAUAGCUACGGGUUUGUCACUAAUACGAAGGAAGUGCUCGAUUCCAAAGAUCUGUGA